GUCAUUAUCAAGCAGGAGCCGGGGGAAGUUCCCACUCAGCAUCAGCAGCAGAUGGUUUCCUCGGUAACGGCAGCCCAGCAGACCGCCGCCGCAGCAACGCAGCAAUUUGUCGCAGUGAAGGGAGGUCACGUGAUCUCCAUGUCGCCACAGAAACAGACAGGAGGGGCCACCGGAGCAGGGGCCCCACCCAGCAAGGUAUCAGACAGACACACACGGACACAUAAACACACACACACUUGAACUUCUAGUCGUGGCUCAUAAUACAUAACUACUGCUAUACACACCUUUUCUAUUCACAUACUGUCUAUACGCACCAUUCACAUACAUAUAUUUAUAUUCCAGACUCUAGUCCGGAAGCUAAUUUCCUGCAAUUCUAUCCAUUUUGCCAUGGGGUUAUGUACUGUAUAUUUAAAUAAUGUAUUCUCAACAUAGCUCAUUCUAAUAUUUCUACUACUGUACGUUGCAUUUUAGUUAUACUGUUUAUACUUACCGCAUAUUUAUUUAUAUAAUGGCUCCUUGACAUAGCUCACUCUAAUAUAUCUAUUGCUGUACAUAUCAUUAUUUAGUAUAUCUUGUGUAAAUUCUUCCUGUGUAUAUACAAAUAGAUUGCUUGCUAUUACUCUUACAGUGCUAUUUGGGUUGUUCAUUGGAUUCAUUCCGACAUUUCUAGAUGUAUUAUUAUUUUUUGUGUACUUGUUUGACAUUUUACUGCAUUGUUAGGCGCAAGUAACAUAAAUAUUUCGCUGCACCCGCUAUAACAUCUGCUAAACUCUGUACCCGACCAAUAAACAUUGAUUUGAUUUGACGUACACACACACACACACACACAGAGAUGGUUCACAGCCAAUGAGCAAGGUGUCAGAGAGUAAAGAAUCUGUAAAACUACAUUUCCAUUGUUCCCCCUCUCCAGGUUAUGGGUAUCCCUGUAGGGUCCGCCCUCCAGGCAGCGGUGAAGCAGGUGGCCAUCAGCAGCGGACAGAUACUGGUCGCCAAGGGUAACCCCUCCGUCUCCAAGGUGAUCGGUGGGAAGCAGGUGGUCGCCCAGGGCGUCGCCAAGGCCAUCGUCAGCGGAGCGGCUGGUAGCAUCAUGGGUCAGCAGGUUGUUGCUAAGGCAACGGGGGCCGCAGGGGGAACGGGAAAGAGCGGAGGUGAGGGUCACUUCACUUUUGUUUGUUCACACAUACAAACACUGGGAAAAGGUGCCUGUUUAUCUGAGACAUUAAGACAUGUAAACACAAACAAACUCUUUGUCCUCUUGACAGACGCCCUCACAAACUCCCCCCUUUUUCCACAGUGAUGGCUACCCUCCAGCUGCCAGCCAACAACCUGGCCAACCUUGCCAACCUGCCCCCGGGAACCAAGCUAUACCUCACCACCAACAGCAAGAACCCAUCAGGCAAGGGAAAGCUGCUGCUCAUUCCCCAGGGAGCCAUCCUCAGAGCUUCCAACUCAGCAGGUAACACACACACACACACACCUUGUUAUCCUCACCAACUCCUCUCCUUUCAUUUGCUCUUUUCUUCUUCCUCCAUUUCUUCCUCUCCGACCCCGUCCUUGCAUCCAAUCCAGUUUGUCACAUUUACAAACCCCCACUGAAUAGUGAAUAUGCUGUGGGGUUUUUCACCUCUUUGGUGUAUGAAUACAGGUUUAUUUGGGUGUUUAUGUCUGUAUGAGAUUGCAGUCUCUAGGUCAGGGUUUUCCAACUAUGUUCCUGGAGAGCUACCCUCCUGUAGGUUUUCACUCCAACCCCAGUUGUAACUAACCUGAUUCAGCAUAUCAACCAGCUAAUUAUUAGAAUCAGGUGUGCUAGAUUAGCGCUGAAGUGAAAACCUAGAUCUACAGGAACAGGGUUGGAGAGCCCUGCUCUAGGUGUAGUGCCUGGAGAAGUGGGUAUACUCAAAUGUUGCACCAAGAAAAUCCCAAACUGCCCCCCCGGCAAAGGAAAGGCACCCUGUGUGAAAAAUUCUAUGAGAAACAGUGACCUCAAAUGAUCAAUCCCAUAUUGGUCUUUCAGUCAGGCCAACCCAAUAUGUACUGUGCAACUAGGCUAAUAGUAGGCCUACUAUUGAAACAGAUAAAUUAGGCUGUCAACUGAGUCAGAAAGUCAUAGGUUUCUGCUUUUCAAUUUUUUUUAAACAAACAUUUUACUCUCAAAGUCAUACUGUUUUUUAUAGAAAAACAACAAAAUUGGACAACAAUACUUAAACCACAUCAAGAGACCACUUUUGAUGUCUGGGAAAAAUCUAAGACAUUUAGAUUUUUUUGUGUAGUUACUCUUCAAUUCAAGUAGGCAGGCACAUAACACUGUUUGGUUAGCGAUGUUUCUGUAGCAUAUGAGAUGGAGUUGGAAAACGGCCACUGGAUUGAUGCAAAUAAUCAUGAUAUCAUUCUGCCAGGUAGGCAUAGGCUACUUUGUAGCUAGUUAACAUUUAAUUGAGAAGGUUUUUGAGAAAAUCCUUUCCAUCUACCAGAAGAUUGAUAGGCCGAUCAUUAGCAAAGCUAUUUGCUGCCCUGGCACCCCAAUGGUGGAACAAGCUUCCCCAAGACGUCAGGACAGCGGAGUCACUGACCACCUUCCGGAGACACUUGAAACCCUAUCUCUUUAAGGAAUACCUGGAAUAGUAUAAAGUGACUCCUACCCCACCCCCCAUAAAAAAGAAGACAAAUAAAUGCUAUAUUUCUCCUGUUCCUUAAUUUUUUUUUACCUGGCCGUUUUACUUCAUAUUAUGAGCUGUGUCUUACCUUGCUUCAAAGUAGCCUAUAGCCAAAAUCCCACCAUAGAAACAUGGAGGCAAUUAUUUAAAAAAGACUUCCUCAUAUGCGUUCUCCUGUUCAAUUGGUUUUCUUUCAACUUUCUUUCAUUGUCUAGCAGCCAAAGGCAUUAUCGUAGUCAUGUUGCAUCGUUAGAUAUUCCCAAUUUCUAACAGAUAUUUCCAUCUCUGUCCAUGAGACCGCUCUCAUUUGCAGUGCGCAUUUUAUAACGUGAUUUCCAGCAAAUUGUAUUUUGGAACAUUUGCGCGUAGGCCAACCGCCGUGUGCACAUUGGGGCACAUAAAAUGUGAGGAAAUUAUAGUUUAUCGUCAUUUUAAGCUAAACAUUCUGAUCUGUUCCGUUCCAUCAGCCUUAUUAAUUGACAUGGUGUAUACCUCCACUACACUACUUUAAUACACAUCGUGGGGAUUAAGAAGUGAGUAUAUGCAAUGCCCGCUGAACAAUAAGUGGGCAUACGGCGUAUACCUGCGUAUACCCUCCACUACACCACUGACUAAAACCAGAUAUAAAGUAUGUUGAAAAGAUAAUGGACCUAUAUAUUUUUUUAUUCAUCUUUGAGAACUAACAAUCACCUAAAUAAAAGCUAGACAGUCAGGGAGAAUUGAACAUUCCCAAAACAAUGAAUUUAGCAGUAUAAAGAAUUAGCCAUGGCAAAAUGCAUAGAAUUGCAGGAAAUUAGCUUCAUUUUCUCUCAGCUGCAUGGCAAAACGUGUAGAAUUGCAGGGCCCGACCGCGCCCACCACCAGCCCCUUUUUGAUCCCGAAAAAACACUAUUAUGCUGAUGCAUGUCUCUCUGUGUUUAUGUGUGUGCAGGUCAGCAGUCCCAGGGCAGCUCCUCUACAGGCUCUGGCUCCCAGACCCCCACCUCAUCCAGCAGCCUGACCUCUAACCUCUCCUACACAUCAUACAUCCUCAAACAGACCCCACAGGUACACACACAGGCGCGCCCACACACGUCACGCACACAGACCAUGCAGGUACACACACACACAUACGUGCACACCUCCUCAAAUAGACCCCACAGGUACACACUGAUAAUCACAUCUUCUCACUCUCUCUGUUCAUCCUUUUAUCCUCUUUGAAUAAUCAUUGAGUGAAACAAGCUGCUGUCUUUCAUGUCUUAUUCUUGCGGAAAGUCUCAUGUCAUGCUCAGAGUGGAAUAAAAGGACUCUCUUCAGUCUCUUCAAAGCCUCUAGACAGCUCAAACACUUCACGUUAUCACACUAAUACUAUGUUUAUGUAAUAACCAAACUCUAAAAUUCCCCCUAUUUACACACAAUCCCCUUUAAGCAUGACAGGCAGGGCUCAUAUCCACAGGGUUGACUGUCUGUCUUAUACACACUCUCGUUAAUUUGAAUGACUACUUGCUAGGGGAUUUUUUUCCUUCGUAAAGAAUAUAUUUGUGCUGUUUUGCAUUCAUGAAGGCUGGGAUUUUCCUUUAGUAAAGCCUGUCUUUAGGAUUUCAGUAGUGAUUGAGCCUGCUGCUAGCUAGCUAUAUCCCUUAAGUAGAUACGUUCAUUAUUGAGCCAUUGAUCCAGCUCUUAACUCUAGAACAAUGCUUUCUCUGCAUUUACCCAACAACUUCUAAUGAAGUCUGUGCGUCCUGUCUUCCUCCCACCUAAAAUCUGAAUCUGGGGCAGAGAUAAUUUCAUGUCACCACUCGCCGUUCUCACUCUCACGUCGGUCGAACUUUUGGAAAAACCUUUAGCCUUUGCCAUCGGGGUGCCGGCCCGCAGAGAGUACGGACAAAUUUAGACGUCCUCUUUCCACCGCUCCACCGGUCGGUAGCAGCAAAUGAAUGUGACCAACCACACACUUGCGCAUGCACACAUUUGCGAGUGUUUGUGCGCGCACACACAACACCCCUACUACAUCCUUAAACAGCCUAACUAAAGAAAUCACUCACCCCAGUUAUCUGCCUUCCUAACUGCUGACUGAUUGUGCCAAAGAGGAUGUCUAAAUUGAUCAACCACAAUGUGCCACCCACUCAUCCCACCAACCCAUAUUCCCAAACUGUUGAACAAACCAAUGAAUAAAUAACAAAUACAUGUUACCAUCCCCCCCUACAUACUUCUAAACUCUUCCAGAAAAGCUCUAACAAAAGCUCUCAGAUGGUAUUGUAAAAGCAAUUGCUGUUGAUAUUAUGUUUUGGUGUCGUAUCGACCAAGCUGUUUGUGAUUGAUCUUUUCCAGGGCACGUUUCUGGUUGGCCAGCCGGCGUCGCAGGGCGUGGGGAAGCAGGGCGCGGCCAGUUCCACAGGUCACGUGGUGUCGUCCCCUGCGACCGUCACCCAGCAGGCCAUCCGGGUCACAGCGGGUCAGAAGGCUGCCAUCCUGGCUCAGGUCAGUACUGUCUAGACACAAAAUGGAGGACAGGUAAACUUCCACUAUAGCCAUAGUUACUUCUGGGGAGACGUGCAAGUUAGUGGUCAUAUAAGUUGUAUAACAGAGCUUGACAUUCAGGGCUGCCCGCUGGCACGGAAACAUCCAGUAGGCUACGUCCUGGAUACUUGCACCAGAACCGUCUCAGCGGAGGCGGGAAGCCCAUCAAUUCAGAGUUGAACAUCGGCACGCGCAUUUAA